AUGGGGGCGAUAUCAACGUGGUGCUAUGUCGCGCUGCAGUACGACAUCGACGGGCGCGAGCUACCAGAUGGGAUCCCUACCGGAUAUGUGCCUCAGGGAACGACCGCACCGGCCUUGUGGCCACUGAACAUCUACCGCACGGAGACCUUCGAGUUGAACGUCGCCCUAUGCCCGCGUGCCGUCGCCUUUGCGUACAGAGCUAAGCCGGACGACGCUGCGAUUGUGCAACAGGACGAACAUUUGUACGCCGGCGAGCUGUGA